UCCGCGAUGGCGGCGCCGCUGCCGGUCCCGGUCCCGGUGCCGGAGCCGGAGCCGGGGUCGGGGUCGGGGUCGGGGUCGGGGUCGGUCCCCGGUCCGGGCUCGGUCCUGGGUCCUGCUCCGGGUUCCGUUCCCGGCUCUGUCCCGGGUCCGGAUCCCGCUCCGGUCCCGGUCCCGGUCCCGGUCCCGUCCGCGCUCCCGCUGGAGCCGCCGCGCGUGCCCGAGCUGCUGGUGCGGGGCAGCAAAUUCAUCCGCUGGGAGGAGGAGCCCCCCAGCCACACCCCGGUGACGCUCAGGGUCGACCCCGACGGAUUCUUCCUCUACUGGACGGGGCCCAGCGCGGAGGUGGAGCUGCUGGACCUGUGCAGCGUGCGGGACACACGGACCGGGCGCUUCGCCCGCGCCCCCAAGGACCCCCGCACCAGGGCCGCCCUGAGUUUCGGGGUCCCCGGGGGUCCCCUCCCCCAGCGCCUGCUGACCGUGGUGCACGGCCCCGACCUCGUCACCCUCGGCUUCCUCACCCUGGUGGCCGUGCGGGACGGCGAGGCCCAGGUGUGGACAGAGGAGCUGUUCCGGUUGGCCACGAACAUCCUGGCCCGGAACCCGUCCCGGAACACGCUGCUCAGGAAGGCGUACACGAAGCUGACGCUGCAGCUGAACCCGGACGGGCGGAUCCCGGUCAAAAACAUCCUGAAAAUGUUCUCGGCCGACAAGAAAAGGGCGGAGGCGGCGCUGGAGUCCUGCGGGCUGAGCUGCGGCCGGGGCGCCGCCAUCCCCCUGGAGCUGUUCCCCUUCGAGACCUUCUGGAGGUUUCUGAGCAAACUCUGCCUGAGGCCGGAGCUGGACAAGAUCCUGCUGGAGAUGUUUGGUAACCGGGAUUUUGGGGCAUUUUGGGCCCUCAUCGACCGCUACGAACCCAACAGGACCUUCCGGGAACGGGGCCAGCUGUCCCUCGAGGGCUUCUGCCGGUACCUGGGCGGGGACGAGAACGGGAUCAUCCCCCCCGAGACGCUGGGGCUGCACCAGGACAUGGCCCAGCCCCUGUCCAGCUACUUCAUCAACUCCUCCCACAACACCUACCUGACAGCGGGGCAGCUCACCGGGCUCUCCUCGGCCGAGAUGUACCGGCAGGUGCUGCUCGGCGCCUGCCGUUGUCGGACCGCACCCCCCACGCCGGAGAGGGAGAGACGGCACGGCUUCACCAUGACCACCGAGGUGCCCUUCAAGGAGGUGAUCGAGGCCAUCGGCGAAAGCGCCUUCAAGACGUCGCCGUUCCCGGUGAUCCUGAGCUUCGAGAACCACGUGGACUCGGCGCGGCAGCAGGCGAAGAUGGCCGAGUAUUGCCGGAGCAUCUUCGGGGCCGCGCUGCUCACGGAGCCCCUGGACAAGUACCCGCUGGAGCCGGGGGUGCCCCUGCCCAGCCCCCAGGAGCUGCUGGGACGGAUCCUCAUCAAGAACAAGAAACGGCGCCCGGGGGGGGCCCCGCCCCGCCCCAAAAACAGCGGGCCCCCCGAGGUCGGGGUCCCCAAUGGGGACGAGAGGGGGGCGCAGCCCCGGAAACCCCUCGAACGCGAGGCCGACAGCGAGGAAGAGGAGGAGGAGGAGCCCCUGGAGAUGAAGAAGCCGACGACGGACGAGGGCACGGCCGGCAGCGAGGUCACGGCCACCGAGGCCAUGUCCACCCUGGUCACCUACGUGGAGCCCGUCAAGUUCAAAUCCUUCCAGGCCGCCCAGAAGCGCAACAGGAGCUUCGAGAUGUCGUCGUUCGUGGAGACCAAGGGGCUGGAGCAGCUCACCAAGAGCCCCCUCGAGUUCGUCGAGUACAACAAGCGCCAGCUCAGCCGGGUGUACCCCAAGGGCACCCGCGUGGACUCCUCCAACUUCCACCCUCAGCUCUUCUGGAACGCCGGCGUGCAGAUGGCGGCGCUCAACUUCCAGAGCCUGGACGUGCCCCUGCAGCUGAACCUGGCCCUGUUCGAGGCCAACGCCUCCUCGGGGUUCCUGCUCAAGCCGGAGCCGCUGCGGCGCCCGGACAAAGCCUUCGACCCCUUCGUGGAGGAGCGGCUGGACGGCAUCGUGGCCAACACGCUGAGCGUGCAGGUUUUGUCGGGUCAGUUCCUGUCCGACCGGCGCUGCGGCGUUUUCGUGGAGCUCGAGGUGUUCGGGCUGCCCGUGGACACGCGGCGCCGCUGCCGCACCCGCACCUGCCAGGGGAACCCCUUCAACCCCGUGUGGGACGAGGAGCCGCUGGUGCUGCACAAGGUGGUGCUCCCAGCCUUGGCCUCCCUGCGCGUGGCCGCCUACGAGGAGGGCGGGCGGCUCCUGGGCCAGAGGGUGCUGCCCGUGGCCACGCUGCGCUCAGGGUACCACUACGUGCCCCUGCGCAGCGACAGCAACCAACCCCUGCUGCUGCCGGCGCUGCUGCUGCUGACCCGGGCCGGGGACCACGUACCUGCGGGGCACCAAGACGUGGCCGAGGCCCUGAGCAAUCCCAUCCGGCACCUGACGCUGCUGGACCGGCGGCAGCGGCACCUGCGGGCGCUGCUGGGGGACCCCGAGUUUUGGUGUCGUCCCCCCCCCCCAGGGCAGCGUGGGGACCUCAUCGCCUCCGUCCUCACAGAGGUGGCCCCGGAGCCGCUGGAGGCGCUGAGGCAGCACCGGGGGUACCUGAAGCUGCUGCAGAGGCACCGCAGCGACCUGGAGAGGCUCAGGAAGAAACACCUGCGGGGGCUCCUGGCGCUGCACAGGAAAAGCAGGGGCUCGGAGGGGGCGGCGCCGCUGCUGCAGCUGCGGGAGGAGCAGCAGCAGCUGGAGCUGCGCAGGAGACGGGAGCAGCUGCGGGAGGCGCAGCAGCGGCUGCGGGAAGUGGCGCUCGAGGCUCAGCAGGCCCAGCUCAAACGGCUGCGCCAGACCAGUGAGAGGGAGAAGAAGGAGCUGCAGAAGAUUCUGGAGCGGAAGCGCCACAGCAGCAUCAGCGAGGCCCGGGGGGGGCGCCAGGGGGGGGAGCUGCCCGAGAUCAACCGGCGCCACAUCAACGAGUCGGUGACGUCCAUCCGCAGGCUGCAGGAGGCCCAGCGCUGCGGAGGCCUUGGGGGCGGGGAGGAGCCCCGGGAUUUGGGGGGCCUCUGA